AUGGCGACAAGGGUGCCUGGAGGGCCUGGUUUGUCCGUGGGCAGCGAGAGCUGGGUCCCGGGGCCCACCACGGAUGCCAAAACCACCAGGACCCCCACAGGGAGCAUGGAACAGCAGCAGCGUCCCGCACGCCCAGGGGCUGCCGCAGCUCCGGGGACACCCUCACGCUCAGGGCCGUCCGCGCAACCCAGGAACGUAGCACCCAGUGCGCCGCAAGGUGCAACCUCAAGGACACCCACCCAGGCGCCCAAGAGCGAAUCGGAGAAGGCCGCCAUCCAAAAGCGUGCUGAAGGACGGGCCCUAGUCCCGCUCCAAUUCAGGGACAGCUUCAAGCAUUUUUUCUUCUCGCCCACGGGAAUGUUGAAGAUCUUCAGGCUGGAUCUUGUCAACAGUUUUAUUACAGCUGUGUUCCUUUUAAUAGUUGCCAUCUUGGCGAUGCAAGAAAUGGAAAGAAGGCACUUAUUCUAUGUUGGAGGGACCCAGUGUCUCACAGCGGCAAUCGUGUGUAUCCUGGAUGGGAUUAUGGUCACCAAGAAGAUAACGGAUAAAAUGAGAAGAAUGCUGGGACUCGAAUAUGAAAGCAGUUCCUCCCUGCUCCUGGAACCCAAGAGGUCAGGACCCACGCCGGCGCCCGGGAAAGCGGGCACGCCGGGAUCCUCCAAACCACCCACCCCGGCAGCCUCGAAACCACCCGUGGCGGCACCUGCGAAAGCACCCACACAGGACCUUCUCAAUGACCUGUUCGCCUUCAUCUUCCUUGUGGGGGCUGUAGUCAUAGCUGUGAGAAGCCGACAGACCAUGCCCAUGCACUACUUCAUUGCUGUG